UAACAGAGUUGUCACUUUUUCAAAAAUGGGCACUGAUACUUUGAAUCCUGUUGGAAAUAAUUAUGCAAAACGUAAAUUAGUGGAUCACUGCUGUCCAGAAUUCGCCUUCAAGCCUGUAGCGUUCACUCGAAAAAUCGAUGUUGGGUCUCCUCCUAAGGCUGGGGCUUUCAUGCACAGAUUACUAAAAUGUGAUACUCAAUUUAAAAUCUUUUAUAAUCGAGGUGACUUUCCCAUCGCUUUGGAGCACGAUAGCAAAGGCAACAAAAUUGCUUGGAAAGUGGAAAUUGAAAAGCUGGAUUACCAUCAUUAUUUGCCACUAUUUUUUGAAGGCCUAGCAGAAACUGAACAUCCAUAUGAAUUCUUUGCAAGGCAAGGUGUUCAUGAUUUACUUGAACAUGGAGGAAACAAAAUCCUUCCUGUCAUACCACAACUUAUUAUUCCAAUAAAGUCUGCUCUUAACUUACGUCAACAUAAAGUUUGCUGCACAGUCCUCAAAGCCAUUCAACAUCUAGUCGUUUCUGGCGAAAUGAUUGGAGAAGCCCUUGUGCCAUACUACAGACAACUGUUACCAGUUAUGAAUACGUUUAUAAAUAAAAACAAAAAUUUGGGCGACGGAAUUGAUUACAGUCAACAAAAACGUGAGAAUUUGGGUGAUUUGGUUCACGAAACUUUGGAAAUACUUGAAAUGCAUGGGGGAGAAAAUGCUUUCAUAAAUAUAAAAUAUAUGGUCCCAACUUAUGAAUCCUGCAUGCUGCAGUAAUUUAAAGUAUUAGAAACAUAUUUUGCCAUUUCUGAUCAACAUUAAUCUUUGUAUUAACUGGAGGAACAAAGUUUAUCAAUAUAGAUCGGUUCCCCAGAUUUCUAAUAUUCAGAGCAUUAACAUCAAGACUUUUGGUUUAUAUCAAUAACUGCCGUAUUUUUUAAGUCUUUUAUUAUUUUUACCUGAACAAUCUGUUAACUUACCAGGCGCGUUAUAAAUUUUUAAAUAUUUUUAAUUGGUAAGAACAGUUUGUUUUAUGAUUUAGCUCCAUUUUUGUAGAAAAAUUUACUCAAACAUCGGUUGAUAUAUUUUAUUUGUGUAUAUAUUCUUUUAUUUUAAGUUUUGGCAACAGCAGUAUAAUGAUAACGAUACUGCGGAAUCUAGAUUGUUGUAUUUUCCGAAUGAAACAUUGUCUUGUUUUAUCUAUUCAUCUUUUAUUCAGCCACAGAAUUCUUCCCUAUAAUAGGUUGUAUACUUUUAGUAGUUCUUGAGAAGAAUUUUAAUGGAAAUAUAUGCAUACGAGUGUGGAAAUUAUGAUACUGGUAUUAAGUUUUUAUUCAUGUUCAUGAGAUAUAAAUUGAUUAUUAUUGGUA